ACCUUGGUGCACCGCUGCCACCAUGAGCGACCCGCCUAACCUCCUAUCCCUCCCGCCCCACCUCGUCGACCGCAUCCUCCACGCCGCCAUCCUCGUCGACCCCCCCACAGCCUCCCGACUCGAGCUCGUCUCAAGGGCCACCACCCGCGCAGCACGCCGCGUGUGCGCACACCACCUCCACCUCCCAGACGACGACACCCUCCUCUACGACGCCCAGGCCCUCCCCGACCAAGCACCCGCCAACUCACCACGAGGCCCCGCCGCCGUCCCUCCCCCUCCUCCCGCGUCCGUCGUCACCGCCGCUCCCGCCGUCCCGUCCCUCCUCGACAAGGUCGCCCGCUCAACCGACUGGGCCCUCGACGUCCGCCACUGCACCGUCGCUGCGCCCGCCGUCCCCGCCGACUACAGCCCGCCCGCCGACCGCGCCAACGGCGACGGCGACAGCGACGACGAGCAGCACGACCACGACGACGUGCCCGUCCCGCCCCUCGACGACACGGCCUUCUUCCUCCUCGUGUCGCGCCUGAGCAACCUCACGGCCUUCACCUGGUCGUCGUACCGCCUCCCGCCCGACGCCCUCUGCCUCGCCCUCGGCCAGGCGUGCAAGUCGCUCACCGCCUUCAAGCUCGACCUCGUCCCGUCCCCGUUCGCCGGCACCACCCUCGCCGACCACCACCACCACGGCCUCUCGGGCGCGGCACCGGGCAGCCCGCAGCAGCUCGCGGCCACGAGCCCGUCGUCGCCGCCGUCCUUCAUGGCCCUCGGCCUCGGCGGCAACGGUCACGGCUACGCGCACGGCCACGCGAGCGGCGGCGGCGGCGGCGGCGCACCGCUGCGGUGGGACGCGCCGCACCUCUCGGCCCUCCCGCACACGCUCGUCCGCCUCGCCGUGUCGCACCUGUCGGCCGCCGGUGCGCGCAGCCUCGCCGCCGCCCUCCCGUCGUUCCCGGCCCUCGAGACGCUCGAGCUCGCGCGCACGCUCUUUGUCGACGACGCGCUCGUCGCCGAGGUCGGCGCCGGCGCGAGGGGCCUCAAGCGCCUCGUCGUGCGCGACAUGGGCGGCACCAAGCUGAGCGAGCAAGGGCUCCAGGCCCUGUUUGAUGGGUGCGAGGCGCUCGAGGUCCUCGAGCUCGACUGCGUCGAGGGUCGGUUCUCGCGCACGUGCUGGCAGAAGCUCGCGCCGCUGCCGUCGUCGCUCCACACCCUGCGCCUCGUCUACUCGGAGCACCAGCCGCACAAGUCGUGGGUCGUCGACCACCUCUCGUCGCUCCCGGCCAUCCUCGGCCUCGACGGUUCGUCGCUCCACACGCUCAGCGUCACGCGCAGGCCGCACCCGUGCGCGCUCGUCCCCGGGUCGCACCACCUCGCGCGGUACCCGAUCGAGCCCGUCGUCGAGCCGCGCCCGCUCGGCGCAAAGGCCAUCGACGCCCUUGUCGAGCGCGACGAGCUCCAGCAGCUGCAGCAGGACGGCGACAAGACGAGGGAAUGGCGCGUCCUCGAGCUCGACCUGUUCAGCCUCGACUCGGACGGCCUCAAGCGCGUCCUCGACGGUGCGCCGCACCUGCAGCGCCUCCAGAUCCUGUUCGACAGCCCGUUCCGCAACCUCCUCACGCUCGCGCCGUCCAUCGCCGCCUGCGCCUCGCUGCGCCACAUCCUCGUCUCGGUCCUGCCGCAGCACACGCCCGAGCUCGCGCCCCUCACGCCCGGCCGAGAGCCCAAGGAGGACACGAAGCACCACCCGGUGCGCGCGCUCGACCCGUGCCUGCCGCCGACGCGUGACUGGCGCCGGUUCUGCAAGAAGGCGCACUCGGUCGAGCGCGUCCGGUCGAUCGCCCGCGCCGCGCUCGGCACGUCGACGUUCAGCGCGCGCACGGCCGCCACCAGCCUGACAAGGGUCGAGUUUGAGCCGACGCCCCCGGUCCUCGCCCGCCGCGCCUCCCGCGGCGGCGCCGGCGGCACGGGCGACGCGCUCGCCGUCGACGAGCUCGGCGUCGGGCCCCAGGCGCAGCACCGCAGCCCGCAGCUCGUGCCCGCCGCCGUGCACGCCCAGCGCCGCCGCAGCUCGACCGUGUCGCUCGCCGAGACGUGCCUCUCGAGCCUGUCGCUCACCAACACGAGCACGAGCACGGCGGCGACGGGCGCGAGCGACUACUCGCUCUGGUCCGAGUCGCCGACGCACUCGUUCGCCGGCCUCGCGACGCCGCCGCUCGGUGCGGGCUGCUCGCCGCCGUUCGGCAGCUUUGCGGCCGCCGGCAGGAGCGUGUCGCCGCGCAAGGGCAGCAGCGGCGCCGAGUCGGCGCUCGGGCUCUCGCCGCCAGGGCUCGGGUACGGCUCGAUCGGCGGCGGCGGCGGCGGCGCGCAUCGUCGCCGCUCGUCGAGCGCAGCGGUCGGCCAGGCGCAGGCGUACCACGCGCAGCCGAGCGCCGGCCUCGGCCUCGCGCUGCACUCGACGCCGGCGUCGCAGCAGCACGGCUGGGCUACCUCGCCCUCGUCGGCGCCGGUGGCCAUCCCGGGUGCGACGUCGUCGUCCAAGGCCCAGCAGCAGCAGCAGCAGCAGCAGGCGCCGACGACCAAGGGGACGAGCCCCGUCAGCCCGCGCAGCUUUGCCCAGAUCGCCGCGCACCCGCACGACAAGCCGUGGACGCGCUCGGCGUCGGCUGCAGCCUCGGCGUCGACCGCAUCGGCCGGCUGGGCCGAGCCACCGACGACCGGCGGCGGCGGCGGCGGCGCCGGGUCGUCGAACGCUGGCGGCGCCAAGCGCACCAAGGGCGAGGGGUCGCCGACGCAGGGGCGGCGCACGCGCGGCGGACAGGGCAGGCGCAGGGAGGCGACCCAGUGA